UCGGAGCCGCUCGGCUCGCAGCUCCCCCGCACCGCGCGCCCGCCCGGGCCGCAGACGGCGCGAGCGCAGCCCAGCCGAGCCUCGCGGGGCCGCCGCCCGCUCCGUCGGCCCCUCCGCCCAGCCUCCCGGGGGCUCCCGGGCCUGCGACCCCGCGGCCCGCAACCAGCUGCGUAGGAGCCGGUGGCCGCGCCGCGCUCCUGGCCGCCACUGCGCGCGCUGCAGGGCACCGGAGGCCGCGGGCAUCAUGCUGCGUGUCCUGGUGGGGGCCGUCCUCCCUGCCAUGCUGCUAGCUGCACCCCCACCCAUCAACAAGCUGGCCUUGUUCCCGGACAAGAGCGCCUGGUGUGAAGCCAAGAACAUCACGCAGAUUGUGGGCCACAGCGGCUGUGAGGCCAAGUCCAUCCAGAACAGGGCGUGCCUGGGCCAGUGUUUUAGCUACAGCGUCCCCAACACCUUCCCGCAGUCCACGGAGUCCCUGGUGCACUGUGACUCCUGCAUGCCAGCGCAGUCCAUGUGGGAGAUUGUGACCUUGGAGUGUCCCGGCCACAAGGAGGUGCCCCGGGUGGACAAACUGGUGGAGAAGAUCCUGCAUUGCAGCUGUCAGGCCUGUGGCAAGGAGCCCAGUCACGAGGGGCUGAGUGUCUACAUGCAGGGCGAGGACGGGGCCGGCGCCCAGCCUGGAGGCCACCCCCAACCCAGUGGGCAGACCCCCGAGCCUGAGGACCCCCCCGGCGCCCCCCACACCGAGGAGGAGGGGCCCGAGGACUGAGGGCCCCCACUCUUCCUCCCCCCUGCCACGUCCCCCUGUGGAAUGCUGGGUCUCACACCUCCCGCCCCCUGCCCGGGGAGGAGUGAGGGAAGAGGCUGAAGCCCCGCUUUGGCACUGGAUGGACUUGGAUUCGGACAUGGACUUGGCUGGCUGCCCGGUUGCCAUGGAGAUCUGCAGGGGAGGGGCAGAGUCAGGCUGCACAAUUUAAUAUAUUCACGGGUCAGGGGAGGAAGCUGGGUCCUAUGGGGUCUUUGAAGGGAGGGGGUACCCUUUACCCUUUCUUCCUAUUGGGGGUGUACGCCUGAGUGGGGGAAGAGGGGCCCCCCAUGAUGGCAGCAGGUUCCCAGUGGGGCAGGGUUCUUGGGGUGAUCAGCG